AGCGAGAGCACAGCGUUGACGGAGUAGAUCAGGAUGAACCUCCCCUCUAGCACUGGAUGCCGACAGGCGUUCAUUCGAACCGUUCGCGCUUCGGCCGGUUCUCGGGCUUCCCAUUCCAGCACCGUAAGGGUUGUCGACUACCGACCCCUGGAAUCCUGCUCCUACAAUGCAUACAUCCGGCGUACCCACAGCAGCUGUAGCACCUCUUCUGCGUCUGGCAUAGCAGCCAGUCCUCGCCACGAUACAACUGCUUUUACCAGAGACGCUGUUCGAUCGGCGGCACUGGCCAAGAGGAAGGUGGAGAACGGCCCUCUGUCGGGGGUCAAGGGCGCCCCAUCCACCGCCGGGUAUUCCACUACCACCACCUCUACGGCCGGAGGUUCGACUACCCCGCCGCCUCCGGCGAACAACAACAGCGGCAAGCGGGGCGGGGGAGCGCUUACGCUGGUGGGCGCGGCGCUCUUGUUCGCUGGAGGGUACUUCGGCGCGCAGCUCCUCAAAGGUUCUGGAUCUUCGAAGGGAAGCACACCGGCAUCACCCACAGACGACGACGAAGAGCCAGCUAUUCCUCAGGCCGCGGUAACGGACAAGGUUUUCUUCGACGUGGAGAUUGACGGCUUACCGGCGGGGAGGGUGAUCAUGGGGCUGUACGGAGCGGUCGUUCCCAGGACAGCUAAGAACUUCGUCGGCCUCUGCAAAGGAGACCCGAAGCAGAGGAGACAGCCCUUCGGCUACAAAGGGUCUAUUUUUCAUCGCGCCAUACCUGGCUUCAUGGUUCAGGGAGGUGAUUUUACGAGAGGCAAUGGAACCGGGGGAGUCUCAAUUUUUGGAGCGAAGUUCGACGACGAAGAUAUGUCUCAGCUGAAGCAUGUCGGGCCUGGGGUUUUGAGCAUGGCCAACUCAGGGCCGAAUUCUAAUGGCAGUCAGUUUUUCAUCACCACCGCCCCGUGCGGAUGGCUCGACGGCAAGCAUGUCGUGUUCGGGCAAGUUCUUCAGGGAAUGGAUGUCGUCUUCCGGAUCGAGGACCUGGGCAGCAGGAGUGGGAAGCUGAGCGGCAAGGCUGUCAUCGCUGGGUGCGGACUGGUUAAGCGCAACAGCGCCGCGAUGGAAACCGAGGGAGCAGGUUGGGGAGGGGCCGACAGCGGCAACAGUUUCCGGGCCAACGCUAUGCGCGGGGUACGCGCGGACGUCCGGGAAGAGAAGGCGGCGGUCAGCAGGGCAGUGGGGAAUGCAUUCAAGUCUUCGGUUCCGUCUGAGGAUGAGAACGGGGCGCGGCAAGGACAGAAGACGGAAAAGUGA